AUGACAGUCGUGAAAGAUGAAUCCUUUUUUUAUUUAUUUAACUCAAAGACUUGUGAUUAUGAUACAACAACAGGACCAGCAGUCAUUGUUACAGUUUCACAACUGCCAAAAGUACCAAGACAAAAGAAUAACAUACCAGAUAUUCCAGUAAUUUCCUACAUUGAAAAGCCAAGUUUGGACCACACUUAUUGCACUAGCACUGAAGUUAGUGAAGAUGUCUCCAUUGAGGAAAAAUUUGCGAUAUUAAUUGAAAAUAGCAACGCUUUAGAGCAAAAAUGUCAAAGAUAUGAGACAGAUAAUAACCAGCUACAGAAGCAAGUUAAAUUGCUACAAGUUGAACUUCAUGCUACCAAAGAGGAAAAUAAAGUUUUAAAUGAGAAGUUUAAUAAUACAGAUGAACUGCUUAAGGACAAACUUGUUGAAAAGUUGACUAAAUCAAAUAGUAAUGUUAAAUGUUUUCUUGGACUGCCAAGUAUUUCAAUGCUUUUUGGAAUUUUUAAAUUAUUAGAAGGACAUGCUUCAAAAAUGAAAUACUUGAUGGGUCCCGACUCAAGUGACGGUGCCACCUUAAAUAUGCCACCAUUUACCAGACCAUGUAAACAUGGAAAAGGACGAUGUCUUACGGCAAAGGAGAUUAAGGAAUCAAAAUCCAUAGCAUCUUUGAGAAUACAUGUAGAAAGAUCAAUCCAGAGACUGAAAUCUUAUAAAUUCUUAAGUGGUGUUAUGCCAAUAAAUUCACUUUCUGUAGCUAAUCAGGCUCUUAAGGUUGCAGGAUUUUUUUGUAACCUGAUGAAACCAUUAGUUCAAAAGUUAUAA